AUGGCCCCUGUGCCUGUCGUCGCCGCUGCUGCAAGCUCAGUGGUAGCGAGGAUAUCCGCCUACGUCUUUCUGAGAUGGAUUCCAGGGCAUCACUUCCCUCCACUGAUCCUUUUGAGCACCGUCGUGUACUUGUACUGCGUCUUUGGCAAUUCCGAAGCCUUUGGCUCCAACCGCCCUCGUCUACACGAAGCCUUCCCUAAACUCUUCCCUCCCCGAGAAGACAAGAAGUCGGAAGAUGAGCAAGAAGCAGAAGCCGAAACGCAAGAUGGCGACCACCACGAGGAGCCGGCUAUUUAUGAAGAUGAGAAAUCGUUCUUCAAAAUCAGUGUGGUUGGUAUACCCAACUGGCGCGAGCCGGAAUGGAGUUACAUGACCAUUGGAAUCAAUAUACUUCUGGCUCUGUUCACCCUUGAUCUCGUGCUCCGAGGGCCUCUUCUGCACCCGGCUCGAGACCUGAGUUUUACACGGGUCGGAUUUGCGGACUCGACGAUGGCGAAAGUUCUGGUUCGAGAACCCGAUCCUGCUCAACUGCCCUUGUAUGUCUAUCUGUCGCCUGCAGACAAGACUAGCUGGACAACGACCGAGACCAUCUACUACCUUGGAGCUGAAACCGAUUAUACACACCCUGUCACGUUUGGAGGCCUCCAGCCAUCCAAGAAGUACAUAUAUUCUCUAUCGAACGACAAGUCGGGAACGUUUACCACGGCACCCUCUCCGUACUCCGACGCCGCCAACAAACUCACCUUCUUGACCUCGUCUUGUAUCAAGGCGAACUUCCCUUACCGGCCAUCUGCCCAUGCUCUCGCAAUUCAUGGCUUUGAAUACCUCUCCAAGGUUGUUCGUGGGCUACCUAGUCCAGCCUCGUUCAUGCUCUUCCUCGGCGAUUUCAUCUACGUUGACGUCCCUUUCCGCCUGUCAUCCUCCCUCGCACAUUACAGGUCUGAGUAUCGACGCGUGUACUCCUCGCCGUCGUGGUCCUUGCCGGGUCUUGAUACCCUGCCCUGGAUCCAUACCCUCGAUGACCAUGAGAUUGCCAACGACUGGUCUGGGGGCAACGACACCGAGCCGUUUCCCGCUGCCUCGGACCCGUUCAUUCACUAUCAUGUAUCUGUAAAUCCACCUACACCUCCCGGCGCUCCUCUAGGGGCCGAGACAAACACGACAUACUUUCAAUUCGCGAAUGGGCCAGCAUCUUUCUUCAUGCUCGACACUCGUCGGUACCGCACUGAUCCUGAACCGGCAUCUUCUUUGUCCGCGUCGUCCUCGAAACCGGCCUACGGCUCGUCGGAAGAAUCAUCGAAUCCGCCUGAUAGAUGCACCAACCAUACAAUGCUCGGAGCGGCCCAACUGUCGUCCCUGCUCAAAUAUCUCGCCACGCCCGAACCGGCGCAUAUCCACUGGAAGAUCAUUGCGUCCUCUGUGCCUUUCACCAAAAACUGGCGCUUCGGCACGUCCGACACGUGGGGAGGGUUUCUGCGAGAACGCUCCAUCAUUCUCGAGGCGAUGCACAAGGCCGAAAAGGAGCUCGGCGUCCGUGUGAUCAUCUUGUCCGGUGACCGGCACGAGUUUGCGGCGAUUCGCUAUCCCCGCCUCUUGGGCACCGCCAGCUAUUCAACCUCGACGAAGACGACCGGCGACAUGCGCGUGUACGAAAGUGGUCAGCAGGCUGGACCGCACGAGUUCAGCGUGGGACCCCUGAGCAUGUUUUACCUACCCUUCCACACGUUCAAGCAAGUCGACGAAGAUGAUGUCGCGAUCAAGUACUUGCCUGACGGGAACAGUAAAGUGGGCGUCGUGGAGAUUAAUAACCUCGGUGGGAACAAUGAGUUGCAGCGCAGUCUGUUGAGGUACAAGCUUUACAUUGACGGCGAGUUGGCGUGGGAGUACGCGUUGACCAGCCCGGCCGAGGGGAGUCGUAGGCCAAAGGGACGAGCGUGGUUGUGGUCAUAG